AUGGGUCGUUGGGGCCAUCGCGUCUUCGAGGGAGACAACGACUACGAUCUCAAGUCCGACGUCCUCAAGGAGGUUUCGAAGAGACUCAAGGCCGAGGGAGUUCACGUCGACAAUGAGCAGUUGACAGAGUUGCUAGACAACAUGCAAGAUCCCGACUUCCGACCGACCUCAUCCUCAAUCACUAGCCAGCAGCUUCGUGACCACCUCAACCGCAUCGGCGGAGAGCUCUUCUUACACUUUCGAAACAAUCCAGACUGCUUGUUCGGCGAAUAUACCAUGGUUAUUUGUGGAGCUGUCAUGAUGGAAGCAAGAAUAAGGAUCUCGGUAGAAGACCGUAUCCAUCUACGUCAGGCAGCUCAGAGAACCCACAGCUACCCGGGCUAUCAGAACCCUAUGGCGGACACAGGAUUCCGUGAUCCUGGAAAAGCACAGUUCCUCGCAGCACUCGAGUACUACGAAGAUGACAAGCCUCGAGACUUCAAAACGCCAAAGUAUCCCGCAAUCAGACCACUAUGCUUCCGCUCGCUAACAGUGGAGCAGUUGUUUCAACUGCGGACGGAUCAAGGCCGACCCCCGAACCAGGUUCUGUGA